AGCAGUGUUCGAUGAUCUUCAUUUAGAUUUAGUAAUUUGAAAGGUGGUUUUUGAAUGACUUAUUUUUGUUAUUUGUGUAAUCUUAUUCUGAGCUAAUUAUAUAUCUGUGGAAGGCUGAGACAUACAACUGUUCUUCAAGUCAUGGGGAAAAUUGUGUGAUGUGUGCUACCAUCAGCAUGUGAGGACCUCAUUUUGGUUCCACAGGCGAACUGGAAGAAGUCGGUGCAGGGAUUUGCCGUCUUGUCCAUCGCUGCGAGCAGAGACGCCGCUGCGAGAAACAAGGUUCAGUCUUAGUCGAAAAACUUGUUGAUACAGGAUGCCGUUACUCUCGUCUGCGACUCUGUCGGAGGCCCACUACCUGUAAACCAACUGUAUCCACCCUCUCAUGUCUGUCGAGGCGAGUUUUUUUGAAACUUCGUGGUGACUAUUAAUGCCGCUAAGCAAACAGGUGGAGAUGAUGACCUAGGGGAUGAGAGUGGAACUAGAAUGUCUCGUCCUGAUGGCACUACCGAAGAAAACUCUCCAGAAUCAGAGGAGGGACAACCUGGUGGGGAUGAUGACGAUGACUAUGAACCUGAAGAUGGGCGAAAUAAACGGAAAAAAGGAAAAAAGAGGAAAGCUAGGAGUGAGGACAAAAAGGGAAAGAAGAAAAAGAAGAAGAAAAAGGCUGACAGUGGAGAUGAAAGUGAUUAUGGAUUUGAUGAGGAUGGUGGGGGAAAUGACUCUGAUUUUGUCAGCGGAAGUAGUAGCCGUAAGUCGCGGAAAUCUCGAGCCAGUCAGAAACACGUGCCACAAGCAGCACCAGUUCAGGAUUCAAAUUCAGGUAUGCCAACUGUGGAGGAAGUAUGUAUGACGUUUGGAUUGACUGAUGUUGAUGUAGAAUAUACUGAGGCUGACUUCCAGAACCUUACAACGUACAAGCUGUUCCAACAGCACGUGAGACCACUAUUAGGCAAAGAAAACCCUAAGGUUCCUAUGUCAAAACUGAUGAUGUUAGUAGCAGCCAAAUGGCGAGACUUCACGAACAUCAACCCAAACACGGAACAAGAACCUGAACCCAUGGCAGAAGAUAGCUAUGCACGCAAGACGAGCCGGUCAAGGCCUUCUAAGGACAGUUCAAAGGCGGAAUCGGACCUUGCGGGUCUGGACGACGACGAUGAUGAAGAGAGGGAAGAGAAGAUCAAGAAGAAACGGGGUCGAAGUGGGAAGAAAAGUAGUACUGCUGGUGGUAGCAGUAAAAAGAGUACAAGCAAAGUCCCCACUCUCAAGAUUAAACUUGGGAAACGGAAGCGUGGCAGUUCGGGCAGUAUGUUGCAGGUGCCGCAUUGUACUGCUACUGAUGUAAAUGGUUCACCCUGCUUGUCGCAGGAGGAUGAGGGCGAUGCAAGCGGAGGAGCAAGUGACAGGGACUCAGAUGCUGAGUUUGAGCAGAUGUUGGCAGAAGCAGAGGAAGCAAAUAAGAUCUCUACGGAAGCCGAUGAUGACGAAGUUGGUGGAGAGUCCAAUGUGGAGGAAGAAAGUGGAGGAAGCGGUGAUACGCCUCCUUCUAGCCAAGCUCCCAAUCAGGCGCCAGUCAGGCGCAAAGCUAAGACAAAAAUCGGCAACAAGAGCAAGAAAAAGAAAAAGACAAAAACCACGUCUAAAUUCCCGGGUGGAGACGGUGAGGAUGGCUACGAGACAGACCAUCAAGAUUAUUGUGAAGUGUGUCAACAAGGCGGUGAAAUUAUUCUGUGUGAUACAUGCCCAAGAGCAUACCAUCUUGUGUGUCUCGACCCAGAGCUGGAAGAAACCCCAGAAGGCAAAUGGUCGUGUCCUCACUGCGAAGGAGAGGGAGUGCAGGAACAAGAUGAUGAUGAACAUAUGGAGUUCUGCAGGGUUUGUAAGGAUGGCGGUGAACUCCUUUGUUGUGAUUCGUGCCCGUCUGCGUACCACACGUUUUGUCUCAACCCACCACUUACAGACAUUCCUGAUGGUGACUGGAAAUGCCCGAGAUGUUCAGCCAAGCCACUGCCAGGAAAAGUUGCAAAGAUCCUAACUUGGCGCUGGGCAGAGGCAAAGAAGUCGGAUGGCAGAGAGGAGGAAGAUAAGCUGUCUGAGGAACCGUCAACGAGCAAACGUCCUCCUCGUACACCGAAACCACAAAGGGAAUUCUUUGUAAAGUGGCAUGAGAAGUCUUACUGGCACUGUGAAUGGGUCUCUGAGUUACAGAUGGACGUGUUCCAUCCUCUGAUGAUCCGAAAUUAUAUGCGGAAGUAUGACAUGGAUGAACCUCCAAAAUUGGAGGAACCAAUUGAUGAAUUGGACAACCGAAUGAAGCGGAUAAAGGAAGCCAAUGCUGAUGAUUCUGCUUUAGAGGACAAAUAUUACAGGUAUGGUAUUAAGCCAGAGUGGAUGAUCGUUCAUCGAAUUAUCAAUCAUCGGACAAUGCGUGAUGGCCGAACUCUGUAUCUGGUUAAGUGGCGAGAUCUGUCCUAUGAUCAAGCUACUUGGGAAGAGGAAAAUGAGAGUAUUCUUGGCUUGAAACAGGCUAUUGACUUUUACAUGGACUUGAGAGCAUCUUGUAAUGUUGAUGGGUCUGGUAGAAAGGGCAAGAAAGGAAAAGGUAAAAGAAUGAAGACAAGGGAACUCCAAGACGAGGACGGCGAUAAAACUCCAUGGUUCCACCCAUCAUCUGUCACAAGUAGACAUGUGCAUUUGUUUAGACGCUAUACUCCGCCGCCUGAAAAGCCAUUGACAGACUUGAAGAAGAAGCUUGAUAAACAACCGGAUUAUAUUGACCAAACCGGUAUGCAGCUUCAUCCAUACCAGCUGGAAGGUCUCAACUGGCUACGGUAUUGCUGGGGACAAGGCAUUGAUACCAUCUUGGCAGACGAGAUGGGUCUUGGUAAAACUAUUCAAACCAUUACGUUUCUCUACUCUCUGUACAAAGAAGGCCAUUGUAAGGGUCCUUUUUUGCUCAGUGUACCUCUGUCAACAAUUAUUAACUGGGAACGAGAGUUUGAGACGUGGGCUCCGGAUUUCUAUGUAGUGACCUACGUUGGAGACAAGGACUCGAGGGCUGUAAUCCGUGAAAAUGAACUCUCAUUUGAAGAAGGUGCUGUGAGGGGUGGUAGAGCUUCUCGAAUUAGGGCAAAUACCAUCAAGUUUAAUGUCCUGCUGACCAGCUACGAGCUGAUCUCUAUUGAUGCAGCAUGUCUUGGGUCCAUAGACUGGGCAGUCCUAGUGGUUGAUGAAGCCCAUCGACUCAAGAGCAAUCAGUCAAAAUUCUUCCGCUUGCUGGCAAGCUACAACAUUACGUACAAGUUACUGCUAACAGGUACACCUCUACAAAAUAACCUGGAGGAAUUAUUUCAUCUGCUAAAUUUUCUGUGCCGAGAGAAAUUUAAUGAUUUGGCGGCCUUCCAAAAUGAGUUUGCUGACAUUUCAAAGGAAGAUCAAGUUAAGAAACUUCAUGAAAUGUUGGGUCCUCAUAUGUUGCGACGUCUUAAAACUGAUGUACUGAAGAGUAUGCCAUCCAAGUCGGAGUUUAUCGUUCGUGUAGAACUCUCGCCGAUGCAAAAGAAGUACUACAAAUUUAUCUUGACGAGGAACUUCGAGGCUUUAAAUCCUAAAGGUGGUGGCCAGCAGGUAUCAUUAUUAAAUAUCAUGAUGGACCUCAAAAAGUGCUGCAACCAUCCCUACUUGUUCCCAGCCGCUGCGCAAGAGGCUCCAACAACACCCAAUGGAACCUAUGAAACAACGGCGCUCAUAAAGGCUUCUGGCAAGCUUGUGUUGCUCUCUACCAUGCUACGUAAACUCAAGGAACAAGGUCACAGGGUUCUAAUCUUCUCACAGAUGACAAAAAUGCUGGACAUCCUGGAAGAUUAUUUAGAAGGUGAAGGAUAUAAAUAUGAGCGGAUUGAUGGUAAUAUCACCGGAUCCGUUAGACAAGAGGCUAUUGAUAGAUUCAAUGCUCCUGGAGCGCAGCAGUUUGUAUUCCUCCUCUCCACAAGGGCAGGAGGUUUGGGUAUAAACCUGGCAACAGCCGACACCGUUAUUAUCUAUGACUCCGAUUGGAAUCCUCAUAAUGAUAUUCAGGCCUUCUCCAGAGCUCAUCGAAUUGGUCAGGCUAAUAAGGUUAUGAUCUAUCGAUUUGUGACGCGCAACUCGGUUGAGGAACGUGUGACGCAGGUUGCCAAGCGGAAGAUGAUGUUGACUCAUCUGGUUGUGCGCCCAGGUAUGGGCGGUCGUGGUGCAACAUUCUCAAAACAAGAGCUUGACGAUAUCCUGCGUUUUGGAACAGAAGAGCUAUUCAAAGAGGAGGAGGGUAAGGAAGAUGAAGCAAUACAUUAUGAUGAUAGAGCAAUUGAUGAGCUUCUAGACAGAACAAAGGAAGGUAUUGAACAGAAAGAGAACUGGGCGAACGAGUACCUGUCAUCCUUCAAGGUUGCCAGCUACGUCACCAAGGAAGGAGAAGAGGAAGAAGAACCCACAGAGAUAAUCAAACAGGAAGCAGAGAACACCGAUCCGGCGUACUGGGUGAAACUGCUGCGUCACCAUUAUGAGCAGCAGCAAGAAGAUAUGGCACGGACACUUGGCAAGGGCAAACGUGUGCGCAAACAGGUUAAUUAUAAUGAUGGUACAGUAGAGGGCAGAGAUGAUGCAACCUGGCAGGAAAACCUGUCGGAUUACAACUCCGACUUCUCGGCUCCUUCAGAUGAUGACAAGGAAGACGAUGAUUUUGAUGAGAAGACUGACGGCGAGCCUGGACGUCGUAGUCGCCGUCGUCUUGAACGUAGGGAUGAGAAGGACCGUCCAUUGCCGCCGCUGUUGGCACGUGUGGGUGGCAACAUUGAGGUUCUGGGUUUUAAUGCUCGACAAAGGAAAGCAUUCCUCAAUGCCAUUAUGCGAUACGGCAUGCCACCUCAAGAUGCCUUCAAUUCUCAGUGGUUGGUGCGUGAUCUGAGAGGGAAGUCUGAGAAAAACUUCAAAGCAUAUGUUUCUCUGUUCAUGCGCCACCUCUGUGAACCUGGUGCUGAUAACGCUGAGACAUUUGCAGAUGGCGUUCCUCGGGAAGGCCUCAGUCGACAACAUGUACUGACAAGAAUUGGCGUUAUGUCUCUUAUACGUAAGAAGGUUCAGGAAUUUGAACAUAUCAAUGGUUACUACAGUAUGCCUGAGAUGAUCCGUAAACCUGUAGAACCUAUCAAAACGGCCGCUGGUGUAGUACCGCCAGGCAUGGAACAGGGUGGUGAGAUGCCACGCAGUGCUACCACAAGUACUAGUGCUACCCCGGCUACAAGUGCCGCGGCGAGCCCAGCCCCUACGCUAAAUAGUCAGGAUGAGAGCAAGGACAAGGAGGGAGAGGAUAUUGCAAAUAAAGAAGAAACUAAUAAAGAAGCUUCCAAAGAGGAACCAAAGGAUGUUACAGAAAUCAGAAAGGAGGAUGUGGAGGUAGAAGUGGAUGAAAGGAAGGAAACGGCGAAGGAAGAAUGUGCCGAAAAGGAAGGAGAGAUGAAGGAGAAGGUGACUGGAGCAGAGGAAGAGAAGCUUGAGGAGAUGGAUACUAGUGAAAAGAAGGAAUGUGCUGGAAGUGAUGAAGUAAAAGCAGAGGAAGUAGUGGUCAAAGAGGAGAAGGGGAAAGAAGGGGAAAUGUCAGAUGAGGAGAAGAGCAAGCCUGUCACACCGAGUCAGGAGCAAAAGAAGGAAGACGACGAUAUUGUUGUCGUCAAGGACGAAGGUGAAGAACGCAAGGAUGAAAGAAAGGAAGGAACAAAAGAAGAUAAAAAGGAGGAUAAGGAAGACAUCAAAGGAGUAGAUGAUAUUGACAAACCCAAACGGAAAUUUAUGUUCAACAUUGCUGACGGAGGCUUUACAGAACUGCACACGCUCUGGCUUAAUGAGGAAAAGGCGGCUGUUCCUGGACGAGAAUAUGAGAUAUGGCAUAGAAGGCACGAUUAUUGGCUCCUGGCAGGGAUCGUAACUCACGGAUAUGGUCGCUGGCAGGACAUCCAAAAUGACAUACGGUUUGCCAUCAUCAAUGAACCUUUUAAGAUGGAUGUUGGAAAGGGAAAUUUCCUUGAGAUAAAGAACAAAUUUCUUGCAAGGAGGUUCAAGCUUCUGGAACAGGCACUGGUUAUAGAGGAGCAGUUGCGUCGUGCGGCGUAUCUGAACUUGACGCAGGAUCCAAACCACCCCGCAAUGUCGCUCAAUGCCAGGUUUGCUGAAGUGGAGUGCCUUGCAGAAUCACACCAGCAUCUCUCCAAGGAAAGCUUGGCAGGAAACAAACCUGCAAAUGCAGUGCUUCACAAGGUUCUCAACCAACUAGAGGAACUCCUGUCGGACAUGAAGUCUGAUGUGAGUCGCCUUCCUGCCACUCUGGCUCGUAUCCCACCAGUAGCGCAGCGGUUGCAGAUGUCAGAAAGAUCAAUCUUAUCGCGUCUGGCUGCCACAACCACUGCGGGGUCCACCCCUACUACCCCUACCACUUCCCAACAGGGACCCACAGGAUUGCUGAGCAGUCAGUUCCCUGGAGGUUUUCAGGCUGGUCAACUUCCAGCUGGUUUUGCUACAGCUAACUUUGCCAGUUUCCGGCCACAGUACUCUGUCCCUGGACAGCCCACACAAGGAUUUCCUGAGACGUCACCCGAUAUUGAUGUCUCUCGAGUGCCGUUGUUUCACGACGGCAACUGGAGGGAAUCUUGGUAGAGCACAGGCCACGACAACCAACAUUCACAGAAAAAUAAUUGUUAAAAAAUUACGCUCACUAAACCAACUGCUCAGUGAAUUGAAGCCGGCUGUUCAAUAUAGAUUACAGCAAAGGUUACAAGGAUGCAUGUAGAUGGAACGAAUUGCUAGAGCAACAGCUGUUGAGUAUUCCACUUCGUGUUUGAUUGAAACUAAACCUUGUAACUGUUAAUAAUGGAUCUCAAAAACAACUGAAGACACUCUUUUCUAAAUUAUUGUUUGAUGUACCUAUGCUAGCACAGUUGACUUUAUCUCUUAAGAAUUAUCUUGACACAAUGAUUGGUGGAUUUUAUGACUGAAAGUUGUCACCUAGUUAUUCAAGGGUCACAUGUUUUGAGGAUAUGUUAAUUACAUUUUAAUAGGAUAUUUUAAUUUAUAUAUUAUUAAAGUAUAUGACUGUACAAACAUGGUAAUUUUUUUAAAGUCAUGAAAGUAUGUUUUUCAGUUUGCUUCUUAUCAGUUGUCUGUUGCUACAGUUAUCUUCAGAAUUGACUGUUCAGUCUUUAAAUAUGAGUCCCUUGAAAUGAUCGGACGUGCUUGAAAGAGAACAAAAUAUCUGAUCAAAUGGAAGAUUGUGCCACAAAAACAAAGUGUUUAUAUCUGUAACAGGCAUGUUCUCAUAUCCCUGUUUGUGGUUCAUUUUGUGAUAAAAGUGGAAAAGUUAAAAAUUGUAGCCUAGGGGCUGUUUCUUUAGUCAGAAUUGUUUCUGUAGAAUGUCACGCCUUAAAUUUCUAGGUAUGACGUUCUUGCCAUCAUUGGCUUUAAAAUGUGGUACUUCAAAAAACGAAACAAGACUUUUUUUUAAUGUGGUGCCCAGAACUGCAGUUUGUCAUGUGAUUUCUUAUUUGAACAGUUGAGGGAACAGUAUCACAGUUGGUAACGGUGUAUUUGAUAGCCUGUUUACUUUCUCCGCCGAGGUAUUUUUGAGCACUUUGUAGUAUUGUGGUUUAGUAUUAUAAGGUUCAUACCUAAUUGAUAUUCCACUGAUGUAAGACCUUUCCAUAAUUUGAUUUGAAAGUAGCUAAAUGCAGUGGUUGCUAGCCAUUACUUUUAGCUUACGGAAGCUUUACUUCUUUUAUGUAGGAUUUGAGAUUUUCACUGCGGCGAGUACGAAGAAGACUUCUGGGUCGUUGCGCCGUGUAGUCUGGUAGAAGUUUACCGGCGUUUCAGAGGUCCUUGCUGCCUCCCAUCAUCAGGACAAUUAGUGUUGAUGGAGGCAGCAAGGACCUCUGAAACUUUGGUAAACUGACUGACAAUACAACCCAGAAGACAGUCAUCUUCUAUACUUCUUUUGUUUUUAUGACAUUCCUGAUAUGAUUAAUCGGUUUUCUGUGGACAUGUUACGUCAUUUAUCGGAUCCUGUAACUACCUUUUGGCCUUGUUUUAGUCAUUGCAGAGGUUUUUUUGUUUAAUAUUGAAGUUUUUGAUUACACUGAAGCACAAGCGCCUUUUUUAUUUAUGAUACAGUGAAAUAAAGGUUUAAGAUAUUGAU